AUAAUUUGAUAUUCGCAAACACAACUUCAAAUGGAAUUCCGGUCAGCAAUCACAUUGUCAAUUGCCACGCUAGUAUGGCUAACAUUAGCAGUAAAUUCUGAUGCUGGUGGAAUAGCAAUCUACUGGGGUCAAAAUGGAAAUGAAGGAACAUUAGCAGAGACUUGUGCCACAGGAAAUUAUAAAUACGUUAACCUAGCUUUUCUAUCAACUUUUGGCGGUGGACGGACACCAAUGAUAAAUCUUGCCGGUCACUGCGAUCCGUACAGUAACGGUUGCACAAAGUUAAGCUCUGAUAUAAAAUCAUGCCAAGCCAGAGGCAUUAACGUUAUGCUUUCUAUUGGAGGAGGAGUUGUUAGCUACUCUUUAUCCUCUUCUGAGGAUGCUAGACAAGUUGCAACUUACCUCUGGAAAAAUUUCCUAGGUGGAAAAUCUUCGUCUCGACCGCUUGGCCCUGCCGUUCUAGAUGGAAUUGAUUUUGACAUUGAAGGAGGAUCAGAUUUGUAUUGGGAUGAUCUUGCAAGAUACCUUUCUGCAUACAGUCAAAAAGGUAAAAAAGUACUUUUAACUGCAGCUCCUCAAUGCCCAUAUCCUGAUGCUUGGGUAGGAAAUGCAUUAAAGACAGGCCUUUUUGACUAUGUUUGGGUUCAAUUUUAUAAUAAUCCUCCUUGCCAAUACACCUCUGGUAAUAUUAGCAAUCUCGAUGAUGCAUGGAAGCAAUGGACUACAGAUAUUAAAGCUACAAAGAUUUUCUUAGGGUUACCUGCAUCUCCUCAAGCUGCAGGAAGUGGAUUCAUUCCUGUUCCUGAUUUAACUUCUGAUGUGCUUCCUUCGAUUAAAGGAUCUGAUAAGUAUGGUGGUGUUAUGUUAUGGUCCAAGUACUAUGAUGACCAAAGUGGAUAUAGCUCUUCUAUCAAGAGUCAUGUUUAAGAUAUUAUAUGCACUAUGUAUGAGUCUGAUUGUGUGUGGUCAGUGGUGACUAUAAUCCAUAGUGUGA